AUGCAAGAUUGGAGUAAAUGGCCUACUGUUGAACCAUUAAAAUCAUCAUUAACAUUUGAUUUUAAUAAUAAUAAUAAUAAUAAUAAUAAUAUACAAAUACCAACCAUUAUAACUCCAGCAACAACAACUACAACAACAACUACAACUACAACUUCAACUACAGCAACAACUACAGGUUCAAUAAGUAAUUUAAAUAUUAAUCAAUCAGAUUCAGAAGAUUUAAGUGCAUCAGAUGCAGAAUCAACAUCAUCAGUAGUAUCAAGCAACACAAACAAUACUGGUGUUAAAUAUCCAUGUUUAUUAUGUUCUCAUUUUGAAUUUGAAUCUAGAACUAUAUUAGAACACAUUUUCAAUCAACAUAAAUUUGUUAUUGCUGAUGUUAAUCAAAUUACAAAUUUAGUUGGUUAUUUAGAACAUUGGAAAAAGCAAUUUGUUGGUAAACCACUAACAGAAUUUACAACAGUUGUUCAAACUCAAACUUCAAAAUCUGAACCUGUUACAAACUAUUAUUUACUUAGUGACAUUUUACCACAAGAUCAAGAUAUUAGAAGAAAAUUACAAACUGGUCAAUUAAAUUCAAUUUUAGAACAACAACAUUCUGAAAGAAUAAAUCCAAAUUUUACAUGUAUUUGUCCAAUGUGUCCAGCAACAUUUAAAGGUGAUAGAUCAAGUGUAACAACACAUUUAGUAGAACAACACAACUUUAAUAUUGGAUUAUCAGAUAAUUUAGUAAAUUUAAAAGAAUUACUUGAAAUUUUAAAAGAGAAAUGUGAUGAAAUGCAAUGUUUAUAUUGUGAAAAAAUAUUUAAAUCACAAUCUGUACUUAAACUUCAUAUGAAAAAGAAAAAACAUAAUAGAUUAAAUCCAACAAAUACAACCUAUGAUAAAUAUUAUCUUUUAAAUUAUUUAGAACCUGGUAAAAAUUGGGAAGAUUUAAAAAAAGAUCAUGGUGAUAAUGAUGAUGAUGAUAAUAAAUAUAUAAAUAAUAUUGAUAUAAUGAAACAAGCUCAAAAUGAAAAUAAUGGUAAUCAUCAAAUUUCACAUUGGGAUGAUUGGACAGAAGGUUCUGAAAAUGAAAUCGAAGAUACUGCAGUUUGCUUAUUCUGUGAGACCCAUUUUGAUAAUUCCGACUGUACAUUCGAGCAUAUGAGAAAUGUUCAUAAUUUUGAUUUUGACAAAAAGAGAAAAUCUUGGAAUUUAGAUUAUUAUGAAUCAAUUAAAUUAUUAAAUUUUAUUAGAAGAUGUGUUUCUGAAAUGAUUUGUUGUUAUUGUGGUGAUAAUUCAUUUAAAGAUAAAGAAACAUUUUUCUCACAUUUACAUAUUAAUCAACAUGAACAUUGUGGUGUAAUUCAAGAGAAUCCAGUUUGGAAAGAUGCUCAAUACCUUUUCCCAACCUAUGAAAAUGAUAAUAUUUUAACAAAUUUUGAAGAAUUUGAUGAAUCUGAAAAUCAACAAUACCUUGAAGAAGAAUUGGAAUAUCAAUCAAAUCUUAUUGAUGAAAUGCAACAAAAUAGAGAUGAUAUUUUAAAGAAAAUGAAUGAGUCAAAUAUUACUUUUUAA